AUGGUAGGCAGCAGAAUCGUUGCCACUGGCUGUACCAGUGGGCUUGGUCUUCACGCGCUUUGGCAGCUAAUCAAGACAGCUCCAGCUACCUUGCCCCCGCCUUACCACAUCUACCUCCUGGCAAGAGAUCCAAAGGCUGCACACUCCCUACGGGCAAGAGAUGAGCUUCAGGCUCUGUCUAGAGCGCUCGGAGGUGAAAUAGAGAGCGAUAUUGAGCUGCGAGAGGCGAACCUUUCCUCCUUGAGCUCUGUCCGAUCAGCAGCCAAGACCAUCUCCUCUGAUAUUGCGACAGCUCAGACAGCUGCAGCGAAGCACAUCUCGCCAGGUCGCAUCGACGUCUUCCUGCUGAAUGCAGGCAUUGCAGCCACUUCGAAGAGGCUGGUGCAGGAUCGCGAUGCCGACCUGGCAGGAGAAGAGGGGCUGCGAGAUGACUCUGGACGAUACGAGGAAACGGCAUGUGUGAACCAUGUCUCACAGCAGCUUUUGCUGGCAAUGCUUCUGCCGCAGCUGCUGAAUCGAGAGCCGUCUCGGGGCAGGCCGGUACGAGUCGUCUUCACUGGGUCGGCAUUGCAUCGCAAGCUCAGGACUAUCGACGAUCUGCAGACCUUCUUUGACCCACGACGCGAAGCCUCCUCUUCAUGGGACAUGAUGCGGUCCUACGGAGCCUCCAAGUUCCUACAGCUGCUUGGCGCACAGCACCUGGUAAAGGUGAUACAGGAGGGUGAGAGUCGCGGUGGAAGCUCAGGAUCAAUCGUGGAAGUGAUUGUCGUCCAACCAGGCUUCUCCCCCAACACUGGGCUCAGUCGGGAGUCGAGCCUACUCGGCCGCACAUUCAUGCAAUAUGUCCUUCCUCGCCUGCCUUUCAGCUUCAUCACCUCACCCGAAGAAGGGGGUGCCAACAUCGCUGAAGCGUGCUAUCGCCCUCUGGAGGCAUUCCCGCUUGUCAGGUCGGCAGACGCUGACCAGGACACGCCCUCGUCACCAUGGCUGGAGGAGGGAGCUCCACCGCAUCAUGGAGUGCGCAAGGUGCUGGUUGCGAAGGGAGGAGAGAGGGAGGCACCGGACACGAGAAGUGAGGAUGCAGAGCUGGCGAGGAAGUGGUGGCCAAGUGUGGUGGAGCGUGAGUGGGAGGCUGCUCGUCGUGGCUCCCAGAUGUAAGCAUGCUGUCCUGCAUGUCAUCUGCCUGUCUGCUGCACUUGUGUAUACUAUUCAUUUUGCUCUCCUCUCCGCAUCACAAGCCUCCACCCUGCGCUGCCCG